CAUCUCUCUCUCUCUCACCAAAAUAGAGAACAAAGCCCGGACCUUUCCCUGUUUCCUUCUUUCUCCGGCGACUCUCUACCGGAAUACUACCGCUGGUGGACCUCUGAGACGUGGGUUUUCCUUAAAAUGUUGAAUUUUUGAAAGAAACCCAACAUUUUGUCACCACUUCUGUAUUUCUACUACUGAGUCGUUUUUGUUUGCUUUGCCUAAAGAAGCAACAUUUUGGAUUCUCCUUUCCUUUUUCUUUCUCUGCAACUCUGAUAAGUAAGAAUGGAGUUUUUGAACUAUUGAGAAAGGAAUAAGAAGGACAAGAUGAAAACGAAAAAUCUGUCAACUUUACUAUUAUUUUGGCUGGUUCUUUUACUUGUUACUUUUUUCCCGGUUAGAUCUUUAAGCCCUUCCUUGAACGACGAUGUUCUGGGACUAAUAGUUUUCAGAGCAGACGUUCAAGACCCAAGCCAAAAGCUUUCGUCUUGGAACGAAGACGAUGACACUCCCUGUAACUGGAUUGGUGUGAAAUGUAACCCAAGGUCGAACCGUGUUACCGAGCUCAACCUCGACGAGUUCUCUCUUUCGGGUCGGAUCGGACGUGGCCUUUUGCAACUCAAGUUCUUGAGAAAGCUUUCUUUAGCGAGGAACAAUCUCAGCGGAAGUAUCAGCCCCAGCUUGGCAAAGCUUGAAAGUUUGAGAAUCCUUGACUUGAGUGAGAAUUCUCUUUCUGGUUUUAUCCCUGAUGAUUUUUUCAAGCAAUGUGGGUCUUUGAGGUUCAUUUCGUUGGCUAGUAAUCGGUUAUCGGGUAAGAUUCCUGCUAGUUUAGGAUCUUGUGCUACACUUGCUGUUGUUAACUUGUCCUGGAACCAGUUUUCAGGGACUUUGCCUGGUGGGAUUUGGGGUUUGAGUGGUUUAAGGUCAUUGGAUUUGUCUGGCAACUUGUUGGAAGGUGAGAUUCCACAAGGGAUUGAAGCUUUGAACAAUUUGAGAUUCAUUAAUUUGAGUAAAAAUAGGUUCACUGGGCAGGUUCCUGAUGGGAUCGGGAGUUGUUUAUUGUUGAGAUCAAUUGAUCUUAGCAUGAAUUUACUUUCUGGGUCAGUUCCACACACAAUACAAAAGCUUAGCCUGUGUAGUUAUCUGAAUUUGAGUAUGAAUUCGUUUGCUGGUGAGGUUCCUGGAUGGAUAGGAGAAUUGAAAAGUCUUGAGACUUUGGAUUUCUCUGUGAAUAAUUUUUCAGGUCAGGUUCCGGAGUCGAUCGGACACCUUAAGUUGUUGAAGGUGUUAAAUUUUUCUUCUAAUGGUUUAACUGGAAGCUUUCCUGCAUCUAUGGGAAGCAAUGUGAAUCUUCUGGCCUUGGAUUUUAGCCGGAAUUCGAUGAGUGGCGGUCUUCCUGGAUGGAUUUUCAAGACCGUUUUGAGUAAAGUAUCACUUUCGGAGAAUAAGCUUGGUGCAAAGUCAUGUAGUCCCAUUUUAGCUUCACCAGGAACCUCCCUUCAAAAGAUUCAAGUCUUGGAUUUAUCUCACAAUUCGUUUUCAGGAGAGAUAACAGAUGAUAUUGGGGCUUUAAGCAGCUUGCAGUUCUUGAAUCUGUCGAGGAACUCCCUCAUCGGGACUAUUCCGGGAACUGUUGGAGAAUUGAAAGCUUUGGAUGUUCUUGAUUUGAGUCAUAAUCAGCUUAAUGGAAGUAUUCCUAUGGAAGUAGGAGGAGCUUUCUCCUUGAAGGAACUGAGGCUCAAUGCGAAUUUCCUAGGUGGAAAAAUUCCUACAUCAAUUGGAACUGCACUUUUGCUAACAACUUUGAUCUUAUCACAAAACAACCUGAGUGGCCCGAUACCAGCUGAAAUCGGAAAACUGAACAGCCUACAAAACGUGGACCUGUCUUUCAACAAACUUGCAGGCACCUUACCCAAGCAGUUGGCCAAUCUGCCCCACCUGUUGUCCUUCAAUGUUUCCCACAACAAUUUACAGGGAGAGCUGCCUACUGGUGGAUUUUUCAACACUAUAUCGCCCACUGCCGUCUCUGGGAAUCCAUCACUUUGUGGUGCUGCAGUUAACAAAUCUUGCCCUGCAGUUCUUCCUAAACCCAUUGUGCUAAAUCCCAACUCCUCGUCUGAUUCCAUUUCUGGGGUGUUGCCUACAAGUGUCGGUCAUAAGAGGAUAAUUCUCAGUAUCUCUGCUCUCAUUGCUAUUGGUGCAGCUUCUGUCAUCGUUGUUGGAGUCAUUGCCAUCACUGUUCUUAAUCUCCGUGUCAGGUUAUCAACAUCCCGGCAUGCUGUAGCCCUUGCUUUGUCUGCCGGGGAUGAGUAUAGCGGUUCCCCUACUACAGAUGCCAAUUCUGGCAAACUUGUCAUGUUUUCCGGGGAGCCCGACUUCAGUACAGAAGCACAUGCACUUUUCACCAAGGACUGUGAACUCGGGCGUGGGGGGUUUGGAGCAGUGUAUAAAACAGUUUUGCAAGAUGGGCGCUCUGUGGCAAUCAAGAAACUCACGGUAUCAAGUCUCGUCAAGUCUCGAGAUGAAUUCGAAAGGGAAGUUCAAAAACUUGGGAAAAUAAGGCACCCUAAUCUUGUUGCUCUUGAAGGCUAUUACUGGACACCAUCACUGCAGCUUCUUAUUUACGAAUUCGUAUCCGGUGGAAGUCUUUACAAACAUCUUCAUGAAGGAUCAGGUGGAAAUUAUCUUUCGUGGAACGACAGGUUCAGUAUCAUUUUAGGGACAGCGAAAAGCUUGGCUCACUUGCACCAAACAAACGUUAUUCAUUACAAUAUAAAGUCGAGCAAUGUCCUUAUCGAUGGCUCGGGUGAACCUAAACUGGGAGAUUUUGGCUUAGCAAGGUUGUUGCCCAUGCUAGACCGCUAUGUUUUAAGCAGUAAGAUUCAGAGUGCACUUGGCUACAUGGCCCCAGAGUUUGCCUGCCGUACGGUGAAAAUAAAUGAGAAAUGUGAUGUGUAUGGAUUCGGUGUUUUGGUUUUGGAAGUGGUUACCGGGAAGAGGCCUGUUGAGUACAUGGAAGACGACGUGGUGGUGCUUUGUGACAUGGUCCGAGGAGCAUUGGAAGAAGGUAGGGUGGAAGAAUGUGUCGACAAAAGGCUGCAAGGAAAAUUCCCGGCUGAAGAGGCAAUUCCGAUGAUGAAACUCGGUUUAAUCUGCACAUCACAAAUACCAUCCAAUCGGCCGGAUAUGGGAGAAGUAGUUAACAUAUUGGAAUUGAUCAGAUGCCACUCAGAAGGCCAAGAGGAUAUGGGAUGAGUUUUAACUUAAUGGAUGCAUGAAUUAGUCCCUAAAGUAUACCACUUUUUCCACUUCACUCCUUUAACUUUUUUCCGGAUCAGGACCUAAUACUAUUGUUUUCCCUAUAUUAGUCUCACCUAUUACCAAUGCCGUUACAAAAACAAGCGGACACUUCACCCUUCGAUUUCUACCGUAUCCGGCAAAGAAGAAUCCAGUUUGUUCAUCUGAUCGAAGAGAAGAAAUACUUGUUUGUUCUUCUGCACUCUUGUAUUGUUCCUUUACCUUUUGGAUUUUUACCAGCUUUCCUUUUGUGAUUUCUUCUCUAUGUUAUAGUUAGGCUUGCCGGAUUCCUUUUCACCGGGUUCCAUUUCCGAGGCCCCUUUCAAUAUUGUUACCAAGUUUGCUGAUCUGCAAU